AUGACGUGUAAGUUACCUCAUCAUACUGUUCUUCAUUUUGAUCGAAAUAUCAAAACUAGUGAAAAUGAGAAACCAAAACAAACGUCCUCACUCUCCCCCAAAGCCGAAGUGUUCUUACCAAAGAAUGAAGUCGUUACAAAUGCCACAACAUGUACAGGACAAUUUAGUUAUUCUAAAGGUGAAUCAAAACGUGUAUUACUGUGUACUGCUCUCAUUAAAGUUAGUGAUUCCAAUGGUAAAGCCAUCCCUUGCAGGGCUUUACUAGACUGUGGCAGUGAAGCCAGCUUUAUAAGUGAAGAGUGUGUCAGUAAACUAAAGUUAGGUAGAUUUAACAAAAAAAUUGAAGUAUCGUGCCUUGGUUCGUUCAACACUGUAACAAGUGGAGAAGUGGAAUUAAUCUUUACCCCGCACUUUGAGUCAAAUUCCAAAUUUCGAACAUAUGCAUUCGUGAUUCCAAGGAUAACUUCAGAUGUGCCUAACGUGUCGCUUCCUUCUAAAAUUGCGAAUCAUUUUGACGAUCUAGUCUUAGCUGAUCCUAAGUUCUAUGAAAGAAAACCUAUAGAUAUUUUGUUAGGUGUAAAUGUAUUUUUUACUAUGCUUAAGGGAGACAUCAUAAAGAGAGGAGAAUCAUUACCCUUUGCAAUUUGUUCUCAGUUGGGUUGGAUCAUUUCCGGGAACACUAUUACUGAUGAUUCGAAUCUAACUAACACUUUUACAGUGAAUAAUCUUCAGUUGAAUACAAACGAAUUAGUUGAAAGAUUUUGGUCUUUAGACUCCAUUCCGGAAGUCAAACGUAUUUCAAGUGAAGAUAAAAAAUGUGAAGAGUUCUUUAAAACAACACACUUCCGUGAUCAAAAUGGUCGUUAUGUAGUGAAACUUCCAUUUAAAGAUAACCCUUCAAGGUUGGGUAAUUCUAAAGAUCUUGCUUUACAAAGAUUUAAAUCUUUAGAGAGAAAUCUCUUAAGAUCUCCUGAUACAUAUGAUAUGUAUAAACAUUUCAUGAAGGAAUACUUGGAUCUCGGGCACAUGGAACCAGUCCGUAGUUCAGAGUCCCCAAGUCAGGCAUACUACAUGCCACAUCAUGCAGUAAUUAAGGAAUCUAGCUCUACGAGUAAAAUACGUGUGGUAUUUAAUGCUACUAGUAAGUCUUCAUCAGGACUGUCUCUUAACGACAUAUUGAUGACAGGUCCCAGAAUACAACAAGAGCUGUUUCCAGUUUUGGUCAAAUUCAGAUGUUACCCAGUAGUUGUCACAGCUGAUAUCAUGAAAAUGUUUAGACAAAUUCUAGUUAAUGAAGAGGAUAGAAACUUUCAAAGGAUAUUUUGGCGGGACCAUCCAAGUGAUCCUAUUCAAGAAUUUCGACUUAAUACUGUCACAUACGGCACUGCCUCGGCUCCAUAUUUGGCUACUCGUGUUUUUAUACCAACUUGCCUACGAUGA